AAGUUCUUGAUGUGCCACUUUCUGUGUUAUUUCUAAAAACAGUAAAUAUGAAGAUUGCUUGCCUAUUUCUUAUCUCAGCUUUUGUGGCUGUUGCCGUGGCCGAGCCAAAGGUUACCAUUGGGGUCAAGAAGCGCGUUGAGAACUGCACCCGUAAGGCCAAAAGCGGUGACAUGGUACACGUCCAUUAUAAGGGAUCUUUACAAGAUGGCACUGAGUUCGACAGCAGCCACAAGCGGGGCACACCCUUCUCCUUCACCCUGGGCGCCAAGCAGGUGAUUAAGGGCUGGGACCAGGGACUCCUGGGAAUGUGCGAGGGCGAACAGCGGAAGCUCACAAUUCCGCCGGAAUCGGGAUACGGAUCAAGUGGUGCCGGUGGCGGAAAGAUCCCACCGAACGCCGUACUCAUUUUCGACGUAGAGAUGGUGAAAAUUGAACCACGUCCUGGAUCCGAAGAGCUGUAAAGCAGAGGAUGCCAUUCCAUCAUGAUAAGAUUACUUUUGUAUUUCAAAGAACAGAUUUGAUGUAAUACUUAUUUUGUACAAAUUUCGAUAAACUAAAUAAGCAAUCCAAUUUCAUUAACUAAA